AUGUGUCUUCCUCCGACCACACAAGGAAUUACAGAGGCGUUAAAACGCAUGAACACCGGGAAAGCUCCUGGCCCUGAUAACAUCCCUCUUGAACUCCUAACACAUGGAGGGCGUGAAGCCGAGGAGCAAUUGAAGACUCUGUUUCUCCACAUAUGGGACACUGGAAUUGUUCCAGAAGAUUUCAGGAUCACAAACAUCAUCACCAUCUUCAAGAAAGGUGACAGGACAUUAUGCGGCAAUUACCAUGGAAUCCCCUUUCUCAGUAUUGCUGGGAAAGCAUUCGCCCAGAUCCUCCUUAACAGGCUUAUCCGCGUGGCUGAAGAAGUCCUACCUGAAUCACAGUGUGGCUUCCGCCCAAGCAGAGGAACAGUAGAUAUGGUGCUCUGUGCCCGCCAGCACCAAGAGAAAAGCCGUGAACAACAGCAACCACUCACUUUCAUUUUUUGGGAUCUACAAAAGGCCUUCGACACAGUUUCCAGACAAGCAAUGUGGGACACGCUCACACAAUACAGAUGCCCGGACCAUUUUAUCACCCUGGACGGCAUGACCGGGAGGGUAUCACCAAGGUACCCUGUCGGAUGCAUUCCCUAUCACUGGAGGCCUCAAGUUGACAUCGAGAAGAGAAUCAAGUCAGCUCAUGCAGCCUAUGGAUAUUUGGCUCGUCGUGUCUUCAACAACCAUGACCUGUCUAUCAAAACCAAGGUCAUGGUUUUCCGGGCUGUAGUUCUGUCCACCCUGCUGUAUGCCUGCGAGACUUGGACCACCUACCGACGAGACCUUAAGAAGCUAGAGAGCUUUCAGCAGGCGAAACUACGUCGCCUCUUGCGUAUUCCCUGGGAGCAACGUGUCACAAACAACGAAGUUCUCUCCCGAGCGACAUUGCCAAGCAUCGAAACUACCAUCCUUCGCCAUCGCCUCCGAUGGGCGGGGCAUGUUGCCCGGAUGGACAAUAUAUGGCUACCCAAGAUCAUUCUCUACGGGGAACUGGAAGAGGGUAGAAGACCAUGUGGAGCUCCCAAACGCCGCUUCAAGGACCAGCUGAAGCGCUCCCUUGACCAGAUGGAUAUUAAUCCUAGUACGUGGGAUCUUAUUGCCCAGGAUCGCCUUCAGUGGAGGCAGACGGUCUGA